ACGCACUUGCACAGCGUAUAACAAUAGAUGACAACUAUACUCGAUACCUCAUACCUCUCUAGCGAGUUUUCUGCUAGCUGCUUCGGCAACACUGAUUGUCUUGCGAUCUGUCCUUGUAGGCUCUCAGGGUCUGUGUCAGUACCAGUACCUCGACGAGGAUUUUUUUCUCUGAUCCUUUCUUCCCGACGUACCGAGGUCCUGAAUCCUCAUUUUAACUUUCAUAUCUUUGCUUGUAUUAUGUACCGUGACUCUGCGAACAUGCAUUGAGUAUGCUACAUCAGUGGUAUGUGCAACAACGCAACGCUUCUCUCUUUCUGAGUCUUUUGUCUCAAAUAUGAAACGUUAUGGAUGUUGGUGACCCACAGAGCGAAAAUGGCCAGGACAGAGACUGCAUAUUUGUAAACACAGCUCGAAGAGAGAUCGUGAAGUUUCUACGAGACGACAUAAAAAGCAGUGCGUUGGUUUUCCCGGCACUGUCGAAUCGUCUGAGGUUUCUGACGCACAAAAUCGUCGAAGAGGAGUUCCAGGAUUUAUGUACCUUCUCUGUGGGGAAAUCUGAUCUGCGAAGGCCUACUGUCUGCUUCAAGUCACGAGUCGUUUCGGCUUUUGUUAAUAACAUAUGCACUCUUGAGACUGCACGAACAUUAGUGCCGAAACUGCACGAAGAAAUCCCUGGGCAUAAGUGGCAAAGGAUGGAACGUGAUGGUGAAACGGCGAGGACCAAAGUAGAAAUUGUUUCAAGUAAAGCACGACGACGACGUCCAGACAGGCAACUGUACGUUCCACGUGGGCGUGCCUUGGCGCAGGACAUGCCUCCUUCUGCUCUUUCAGUUAAGGCAAAAGAUAAAAGUUGCAGCUUCACACGAGAUCCAGCUCCAAAAAGGAAUGACACACGUCCCAUGUCAAAGCAAGAAUGCAAAUCUGUGAACAGCAAAAUGCUUGAGUGUUUACAAGAACAAAGGACAAUGGAGUCAAGUUGGACAGAAUAUGCACAACAUUUGCCCUUGAAUGAAGUUUCUGUUAUAUGUAAAGAGGAUGAAAAUCAAAUUGUUAAGAUGUCAGAAGUGGUGCUAACUCCGGUUCAGCCUGUAUGCUAUAGAUUGUCUGAACAUUGUUACGAUCAGCUGCUGGGUGAUAAAACUAUUCCAAAUGCAGUACAAGAUGGAAGAGAGCAACAUUUUGCAAGAAAAAUAUCAAGUUGUAUUGACCAGCAUGAUGCAAGUAAAAGCAGAAACGUUGAGAGAAAUGAAACAGGUGUGGAGCCCAGUAUGGCUGUGCAGGUCGUAGGGGCUUGUGCGAAAUUCCUCAAAGUUUGCGAAGGUGACAAUACGUCACUGGUUGCCAGUAGUAGCCAAAAUAUGUUGACUUGUGGAGGAUAUAGACAACAUGCAGAUAGUAAGCAGAGCUGUCAGAAUCAUGGAGAACUGACAGUUGAUGAAUGUCUGAAUGACCCAGGCAUACAGCAAUACCAACAAGAGGAUCAUGACAGAAUACAACCACAACAGGAGGCACAGCAAGAUGUGAAAGACGAAGAAUGUUUACAUGAUAAGGUACAGUACCAACCGGAUGGCCACUAUCAUGUGCAGGGAGAGUUACAAGGGCAUGAGCAUGAAGAACAUGAUGUGCAGCCAGUUAUGAGUAGUGCAGGUGUGGGGUCACUAGAAGAUGGGCAGACAUUAGAGCUAUCAUACAAGCAUCGCAAAGACUCCAAGCUAUCGAUGAAUCAAGAAGAAGAAUUGACUGAAGAUUCUUGGGACGUCAUGUUCGAUGACAGUGGAGAAUGCCUCGAUCCUGCUGCUCUACAAGAGUUAACCCAAGCCUUAGGAGAGAUCCAUGUGCGUCAUGCAGAAUUGGAUUAUACCAAGUUCGAGAUACCAAUUCCAAAUCUCACAGAAGAAGAGUACGGCCACAUCCUCGAAAUAUACGGCUUUCCUGCGGAAUUUGAGACAAAAGAUUUAGUGUUGGGGCUUUCUUCACUCAAUGAUCCAGCAUUCACCAUAAAAUGGGUCGACGACACGCAUGCACUCGCUGUGUUCUCUUCUCCUCUUGCUGCUUCAGAAGCCCUUGCAGCACGGACACCACUUUUAAAAAUUCGUCAUGUGUCUGAGGCUUCAAGACAGUCAAAACUGAAAGUAAAACGCUGUGCUGAGUUCAUGCAGCCAUUCAAGCCUCGUCCCCAGACGUCUGCAUCAGUAGCACGACGACUAGUGUCUGGUGCACUGGGCCUUCGAGUUCAAGUUCAGCCCGAGCAGCGUCGUCGUGAGUUGCAGGCAAUCAAGGAAGCUAAGAAUCGGCGACAUCAGAAAGUGAAGCAGCAGAUGGACGUCUGGAAUGGCGACGUGUCAUGAUCCAUGACUAGGAAGACUGCAUCCAUAGUUGCUAGUGCCGUUCUCUCACUCAGUCCCCCAUGUCAGGCCAUUCCCUUCAGGAAGAUGGCGUGACGGAAGUAGCACUCGCUUCCAGGACCUGCAACAUAUGAUCACAGAGUGGCUUUUGUAGAAUGCCCAUUUGAUGCAGUAUACCGCUAUAAAAUGGAUUUCAAUGGACUUUCAAAAGCUGAAACCUGCUGAGUGUAAACUGCACUGACAAUCCCUUUUGAGAUGGUGUGUCAUUUAUGUCGAAUGUCACCUGAGAAAUAGGGAAGAAUUUAGUAGAAAUACCAGUAGCGUGGUAUCUGGUCUCUAAUAUUCGUGCCUAAGACUGUCACUUGCUGUCUGUACGACCCUGUAGUCACGGCUGGUGCAAUAUAUGGUCAUGGAAUAAAAAAUAUGCAAUAACCAGAGCUACCACGCAAGGUGUGACAUACAUGUGCCACAUGGGUUGCCAUGCCUAAAGACAGGAAGCUGUAUUUAUCUCACCUGUCAUGAGUAAGCCCAAGAAAUUGUUUCCAGUUUUGCUGUGGUCCAAAGUCAUAGGGGUUUCUGUAGAUCUGAUCAGACACAUCAUAUCAGUAUAAGUUUUCUCUGGCAUUGGUGACAUGAUACAUGUGCUCCUCCUCGGUAAAACUAAAUCACUCAAUCACAAUUGUCUCAAUGUAAAGCUAUCAUGAUCAUGAUUUAUUCAAUUUCCAUCAAAACGACCAUACAUUUCUAUGCAAGUUUAAUUUCAAUGCCGAAACAUGGCACAUAAUGUAACAGGGAUGUGCGUGUAUCAACAAAAAUGCUCAAAGUCCUACCAAAAUAGCCACGUUGGCAUUGCAUCCCCACAAGCCGGUGAGGGGGAGAGCAUCUCUCGUCUUUCUCAUUCAAACAACACUACUUUGUUGAAUAAACGUCACCUUGAGUUUCA